AGUCUUAGCUUCUUGCGAUCGCGGCCGUGUCACAGAUCCUCAAGUUGCCCUAUAGCUAGUGGUAAACAAUAGGCCACGCGUUCAGAUUCUCCAAGACUUCCGACCGAUAAGUACUACCACCCCAAAUUUAAACGAGCACCUGGCAGUAAAGUCACCUUGACCUUUUGACCCUCGUUCUAUCACGAUAAUUCCUGGUAAAGCCUGUCGUGUUUUGCGCCAGAAAUGCACGCCUGCCUGCAGAUCUCAGAGAUUUUGAAAGUCAUUUUUGCGGAUGUGACACAGGUUACGGGUAGCGGCGGCGUCCGACCAUUGUAUGUCACUCUGUACCACCUGGCGUUGACGUGUCGAGCUUUCCAAGAGCUGGCACUGGACGCCCUAUGGGCGCACAUACAAACGCCAGACGUGCUUGUCAUGUGCUUGCCUCAGGACGCUCGUUCUCAGCCCGUAAAAUUGACCAGGAGGGAUCGCGUCAUGUCGGGAAUGUUCCGAUACAGUGUGAGGCUUCUCAGACCCUUGGCCGAUGAUGAUUGGGCUUCUUUUCAAAAGUAUGCGCCCCGCGUGCGCUCACUCACCUUUGAAGAAGAUGAUACUAUGAGACUUCGUAGGCUGCACGAUAACGCCGCGCUUGCUCUCCUCGACUCUCAUGCUUCGCCAUCCCUACCGUUUCCUUUGCUCCGCGAGUUGUAUUGGUAUGACAAGCGUGAUGUGCUCCUACCUUGUCUGCAGCGCUGCAUUUCUGCAACCCUUACUCGACUAGUCAUUCAUUCGAAGCUUUGGCCGUCAGCAAUGGUCGAUCUUGUGGCAGGCCUGGGCAAGGCCUGCCCUAAGAUCAAAGAGUUUCGUUGUUCGAUGCCGCCCGCUAGUGCAUGCGCCAUGCUUUCUGAUCUCGUCGCUUGUUGGGAUGAUUUGGAGAUCUUAGAGACGGGGGCAGUCAAUGCACAGGCAUUGCGGUAUCUUGCAUCCCUAAAACCGCUAAGGGAGCUGAAGAUGCUCGUGCCAGAGGGCCACAGCCUGGACCCGACAUCGACGUCCAGCGUCAUAUUUUCGUUGGAGAAGUUCAGCAUAACUGCCGCAAGGAUCGAGUUGCUUCUCGCUUUUUUGGCGCCCUUGCAGAUUUCAGCGAAGAGCGUGCAGCUGAAUAUCGACACAGCUCCAAACGCAGUUGAUCUCGACCAUCUACUUUCCUCCCUUCCAGAGCAUUUCACACCCAGUGUUUUAGAAUCAUUGGGUGUUAGGGUGGAUCGCCCUGUCCAUUUCGACGAUCACGCCCUAUUCGAACUAACUGCUUCCGCCUUCCGGAAGAUACGAGUCUUCACAGGGCUCACUAAUCUAGAUCUCAGUUCAAUGCAUAUCUCAAUCACCGACGACGAAGUUCUAGACCUCGUUUCUGCUUGGCCACAAAUGGAACAUCUCUACCUUGCCACGGACUGGGACUGGGGAGUUACCCGUUUGGGGGUGACGUUUCGCGGGCUUGCAGGUAUUCUUGAGCGCUGCCCAAAUCUGCGUUCCCUAGGGGUCAACCUAGACACCUUGACCCCUCACGACUCACCUGUCUACGUCGACAACCAAUACACUGGCAUCACCAGGGAGAAAGUCGCUGGCUUAGAUGUUGGGUAUGCGGAAUGCAAUGAUGUCGCGGCCAUUGGCAAUCUGCUAGCUGGGAUGUGUCCUAACUUGAGCUACAUCUCGCGCGCGCGUCCCGUAGAUCUUGAUUACGAAGAUCCUUCCAAUCAUAAUGAAUGGUUCGAAGGGGAAGAAAAAUGGAAAGAGGUCCAAGAAUGCAUCACUCAGAGGAGAACGGAGCAACUGGAGUAGAACAAUGGACAAUGAUAUACAGCGGUUUGUGUCGGUGCUAUAUACUCAAGCGAACGAGUGUUUUGU